AACAGGAAGCAUCCUUGAGGGAAACCGAUCGGCCCUCUCUCUCUCUCUCUCUCUCUCUCUCUAUCUAAACCCUAAUCUCUCUCAGUCGAUCGAAUCAACAAUGAUUGGUCUCAGUGAUUUCGAUUCAUCUCAGAGAGGGGGUGAAAGAUUCAUCUCAGAGUAAUUUCGAUUUUGAUUUCGAAGUUCUCUCUAUCGAUUUCAAAGUUCUAUCUCUCUUGAUUUCGAAGCUCCACCACCACCACCGUCUGCACCGGCGAGAGCGAGCACCAUUGUUUCCAACACAUGAAAUGCUUCGUCUGCAUCUGCUACUCUGCACAUUGUAGCCUGUGAAGAUAUGGUAUCCAAGUACUGGUUCUUGCCAUCGAACUAUUGAUUUAGGGUAUGGGCUGUGUGGUUUAUUUGUUCCUAGUAACAAGUAUGCAGUUGUUGGUACAAAAGUUGGGACUCUAGAAAUUAUUGAUGUUGGUAAUGGUACUUGUGUGGAAGUAGUGGAAGCUCAUGGUGGCUCCGUCCAAUCAAUUGUGGCUGUUCCAGAUGGAAAUGGUUUUGUAAAUGGGAGUAUUGAUCAUGAUGUCAAGUUCUUGGAGUACCAAACUUUGCAAAAACCUGGUGAAGUUUCUAAGCUUCUAACAAUCUCUCAUGCACGGAAUAUGAAAAUGAAUGAUGACAUUCUAGUGGUUGUUGUUAGCCCUGAUUCAAAAUAUAUUGUUGUUGCCCUAUUAGAUUGUACUAUGAAGCUAAGGGCUGCCAUUGAGAAGAGUAUUGCUAUUUUUGACAAAGAGAAAGCACAGGAAUGGUUGUCAAAGAUAUCUGGCGGUGUUGCUGUUUUCAAGGUUAGAAAGGCUAGCAAGGCAGAAGUUGGAGAAAGGAAAGAUCGGGUUACAGAUGCUUUAAAUGUAACAAGAGCAGCUGUGGAAGGGGGAAUGGUUCCAGGCAAGAUUGUCUUUUUCAUUUUUGAUGGUCAAUUACAUUUCACUUUUGGAGCAAGAUGAUCUUAGUUUGGUUUUCAAUGGCACUACACACAUCAAUUAAUAUAUCAAUUAGUGUAUCACCAUAUGUUAUGAUAUUGUCACUUCAAAAUUAUAGAUCUCACCUAUUAUACAAAUUACAAAGACUCAAAACUUACAAAAUUAUGCAACAUCAUACGUUAGCAGUAUAUCAAUUAGUACAUUUAACUUUAUUGUUUGCUUUUUUGUUCUUUUAUAAGUAACCAUUUAAAAUACAAUUCAUCAUCAACCCAGAAAAGCACUGAAAUAAAAAAUUUAAAAAACCCAAUAAUAUCUUCAUAGCUAAAGAAGCAAAAUCAUCAAUGGUGUUGGAACAAAGGCUUCUGUCUCUACUAUACAGGAGCUUAAAUUACAACCCAGAGUACAGUAACAAAUAAAAUUACUCAAAAAUGCAAACGCUAAUCCCUAGACAUCCGAGCAGUCCUUGCCGGUAGGGCAAGAAGGUCUUCUUCUUCAUCUCCUCUGCCUGUGCUCAAUUCGCAGUGUAAUGCAACUCGUGAGCCGACGGCGGAACCCUAUGCUUUCCGACGUUGUUCGCUGGUUUUCCAGUGAUCGUUUUUUUUAGGAGAACUUGUUUGCUUCGCUUUUGCUUUUGCGUUUCGUUUCUGUUUUCUUGCGAUUCUUUUCCUUCUCGUCCUUUAAAGAUGAUGAGCAAGUGAACGUGAUCGAUGACCAGAAGUUCUUUUUGUUGCCUUUACCUUCGCUUUUGCUUCUGUACAAUAGAUCCUUGAAGAAUAUCCACUUCUUCGAGUUCCUUCCAGACGAUGAAGACCUUGAAGACGAAGCAGAGCCUGACAGUGUUGUCUCGAUUGACGGAGUUUCAGUUUCUUUGCUCUCAGAAUCUUCCAACUCCAGAAUGCUAUCGAGAAGCAAAAAAACCAAAUAAUAUUUUCAUAGCUAAAGAAGCAAAAUCAUCAAUGGUGAUUGAAACAAGGCUUCUGUCUCUAUUAUACAAGAGCUUAAAUUACAACCCAGAAAAGCUGAAAUUCUGUCGAUCGCAUUCUGGAGUUGGAAGAUUCUGAUAACAAAGAAGCUGAAACUUCGUCAAUCGAAACAACACCGCCAGGUUCUGCUUCGUCUUUAAGGUCUUCAUCGUCUGGAAGGAACUCGAAGAAGUGGAUAUUCUUCAAGGAUCUUUUGUACAAAAGCGAAGGUAGAGGCAAUGAAAAGAAGUUCUGGUCAUCGAUCACGUUCACUUGCUCAUCAUCUUCAAGGGAUGAGAAGGAAGGAAACGCAAAAGCAAAAUCGAAGCAAACAAGUUCUCCCAAAAAAAUCGAUCGCUGGAAAACCAGCGAACGAUGUCGGAAAGCGUAGGGUUCUGCCGUCGGUUCACAAGUUGCAUUACACUGCGAAUAGAGCACAGGCAGAGAAGAUGAAGAAGAAGACCUUCUUGCCCUACCGGCAAGGACUGCUCGGAUGUCUAGGGAUUAGCGUUUGCGUUUUCGAGUAAUUUUAUUUGUUACUGUACUCUGGGUUAUAAUUUAAGCUCCUGUAUAGUAGAGACAGAAGCCUUUGUUCCAAUCACCAUUGAUGAUUUUGCUUCUUUAGCUAUGAAGAUAUUAUUGGGUUUUUUUUAUUUCAGUGCUUUUCUGGGUUUAUGAUGAAUUGUAUUUUAAAUGGUUACUCAUAAAAGAAUAAAAAGGCAAGCAAUAAAGUUAUAUGUACUAAUUGAUAUACUGCUAACGUAUAAUGUUGCAUAAUUUUAUAAGUUUUGAGUCUUUGUAAUUUGUAUAAUGGGUGAGAUCUAUAAUUUUGAAGUGACAAUAUCAGAACAUAUGGUGAUACACUAAUUGAUAUCUUAAUUGAUGCGUGUAGUGCUAGUCGGUCUAAACUUACCAAAUCCUAAAGGUUGUUCUAAUUAUGUUUCUUUCCUUUGUAUUUAGAUGACUUGUUUUAUUUUUGUAAUUUCCUUGCUGAAAUCUUCAUUGACAUUGCCAUAAGCAUUAGGUUAUAAGUAUUGUAAUUGAAACUUGUCAUGUAGACAGAUUUUCAUAGCAAUGCUCAUUCUGUUUUUUUUUGCUAUUAGUGGAUGCAAAACUUAUUCCUUGUGAAACAGUAUCUAUACACAUUCCCCACAACUAGACAACAUCUAUUUUCAAGGCAAGAAGGAACACCACCUCACAAAUUCACAUACAAUUUAUUUAAGACAAAAAAUACACAAAUUAUGAGAGCAUAAUAUCUCACAAAUAAGAACUCGAAACCUAAUUAAAAUGCAUACAUAUCAAUUGCAAAUCCAAUAACAAAUUAUGACAUGAUAUUUGAACUUUAUACUAGAUUGACCAACUUUGUGAAAUGAAAAAUUGCAAGGAACCAUGGGGUCAUUUGUGUUCCUCUCCCAAGACAAGUGAGCUUACUUUAUUACUAGUCGAGGACAGAAGCCUUGUAAAAUGUUUUUUUCCCCUAUUUACUAUAUUUAAACCAUAAUUGACUUUUAUUUUGGUUUUAUGACUUUAAAAUAUUUGGCUAUGCACUGAAGAUUUUCAUUUUGGAUUUAUUGAUUCUAUGUAUAUAUAUAUGUCAUAUCUAUAUGGUAAUCCAAACAUUUUAUACUUGUAAUAGUCAAAGUGGUUCUUUUUCUAUUGAUAUAGGAGAUGAAGAGUCAGUGUGAUGAGAAAAUGUCUGACUUUAUCUUUUCUAAGACUAGAACAAUCUCUACAAAUAGUAAGUUUAUUCAUAUGUUUUUGGCGGUCUCUGAAUUAA